UUAUCUACAGAAAUUUGUCGAUAAGUGUUCUUUACAACAUUAGAUAAUGUAAGUUAAAAUUGUAACACAUUCGACGUUUUAUAUUUAAGACGUUGUAUCUAUUCAAAAGAUUGAAACCAUAUCGAAACUAUAACACAUCACAGUGAUAAGAUUUACAAAAGAUGGCGUCCGUUUUUUUCGCAUUCGCCUUAUGCGUGUUCAUAACGACAACUUUGGGGAAUGAACAAAAUAACGUAAUAAAUUUGAGAGAAAUUGCAGAAAAGGUAAACUCAGAUCCUGAUAGCACAUGGAAAGCAUCUGCAUAUGGUCAAGAAUUCAUAGAUACGAACGAGUUCGUAAAAAAUAGAUUAGGACUACAACUUCCCAUCGACUUGAAAAAUAUAGACCCGAAUUCCAAUGCGAAUCAGUUUUUUACUGGUCCCAAAAAAAGUAAAAUCACUAAAGUUGGUGCAAUGCAAUAUCUUCCACUAGAAUAUGACGCUCGCAAAUAUUAUUCCAAAUGCCGUUCAAUUGGUUUAAUCAGAGAUCAGUCGAACUGUGGCUCUUGCUGGGCUGUUUCUGCCGCGUCAGUAUUCAGUGACAGAAUAUGCAUACACAGCGAAGGAAGAUACAAUUUUUCAUUAUCGGGUCAUUACACGAUGUCCUGCGACAAAAGAAAUUAUGGCUGUAACGGUGGAUAUCUGGAUAAAGUGUGGAAAUUUUACUACGAAACUGGAUGUAUCACUGGAGGUGAAUUCCAAUCGGAUGAGGGUUGCCAAGAUUAUGGUCUAAAACAUUGUGGAAGAUUUCCAAAGAAAUACCCAUGUUCUAUGCCUCUUGCUUACACACCUAGAUGUUUAAAAACAAGAUGUACCAAUGAAUGGUACAAAUAUACCAAAGAAAAAGAUAUUUUCACAGUUGAUGAUUAUUACCAAGUUGGCGACACCUACAUAACCCUUUUCAACGAAUUUUUAAUUAAGGAUGAAAUUUUAACAAACGGUCCAGUGCAAGCUGGAUUUUUAGUUUACAAAGAUUUUGUAACAUAUAAAUCAGGAAUCUAUAAUCAUAAACCUUACUUUUGGGAAGAUUUUGAUGAUAUAUUAGGAGGUCACGCUGUGAAAAUUAUCGGAUGGGGUGAAGAAAAGGGUGUAAAAUAUUGGAUUGUGGCAAAUUCAUGGACAGAAGAAUGGGGAGAAAAGGGUACUUUUAGAAUCGCACGAGGAAAAAAUAAUUGUUUCAUCGAAAGUAUGGUUUACGCAGGUAUUCCCGACAUUUAAUCAAGAAAUGAUGAUCACUGAUCAGUUACGUUUUUACUGUGUAACAAGUUCCCGCUUUCUAUAAAUAUAAUUUUAUUGUAAAUUUAUCGAAAAUAUUUAACAAAGAAGCUACGUAGUAUGUAUAUAGGUAAGUAGUUAAGUACGUACCUACCUAACCGAAAUCACUUUGUAAGAAUCUAAUUGACAUUUCCCUAUAUGAUGGAGUAGAUACCUGUUUUUUCUUUGAAUACUUUCAUUCAACGCCUCCAGUGUUAAAAAAAUACAUAAUGAAUUUUUUAGAA